AUGGCACGAUCGAAGAAGGGGUCAAAAGCUUCCCAGCUGCCUGACCCUGCUCAAAAGAAGGCCGGGAGAAAGAAGAGAACGGCGACCACAAAGACAGCAUUAGCUGAUGUCAAAAAGUGUAAGGAACUUGGUAUAGAAACUCACCUUCAGGCAAACAACACGAGGGUGAACUAUGCCGGGCAUGUUCGACAUGGACGGGAAUGGCUAGCAAGCCACUUCGAAAGCCCAUGUUCCGAAGACCUGCUCGUUCCGAUGCCGUUGCUGCCUGCAAAUGUCGAAACGCAUGCCGAUAGUGACGUGUACGAUGACCUGGCCUUCAAAGAUGCGUUUGAUCGGAUACCAAACAGAUGCUCCGACAAAGCUCUGGCACUCUACAUGUCCCUGAAAGGGUUCCAUGAGAAUCUCUCCAAAACAACUGUCGAGAGCAUCCAUUCGGCAUUUAAAAAACUGUGGGAGUUAUCAGAUGGGGACACCUAUCGCGGAAAAUGGCACUUAAACGAGGCGAGACAGCGGUGGGAAGGAAAUCCCGCCGAUUCCGCAGACAUUUAUGACGUCCUGUCAUCCAUCAAGCAUAAAGCAAGUGCAGAGGGUGGAGACCGUACUCACUCGAUGGCAAUGACAAAGGACUACAUGGAUCGGACCCUCUGGUGGCAUCAGGCUUCAUGUCCACUGGAGAUUGCGGUGCAUAUGAUCCAGAAGGCGAUGACUGGUGCGCGGCCUUCAGAUAUGCAUCUAGACUUGGCCGUGAGGACACAACUCACCUGUCAUCUCGAACAAGUCGUGUUUGCAUCCAAUGGAUGGACGCUAUGGACAAGGUGUUUUGAGCUCAUCAAACUGCAACGAAAGGAUAUCUCACUUGAUGCAACUAUUUUGGACAGCCUGCUCAAAUCGUAUCUUGCAGGUGAGAUGCUGACGCUGCAUGAACGAGCGUCUCACUUCGAGAUCUUCCUCUCGAACCGUAAAGGGUGGCAAAAGAAGGUUGAUAAGGGCAAGUGGGAGGCAGAUUUAAGGUCAAAUCACUACAAGAUAUAUCCACGCCCCGACAUGCCAGCCUGUGACAACUUCUUCUGGACGUUAGUUUGGAUCAAAUGGCUUGAAUUAUUUCACUAUGCACGCACACUUCAGCCGAACGACUUCGUUUUCCCUGCAAUGAGUGCAAACGGUGUCAUGCACCCUGGACAGCCAAUCUCUCACGAUACUGUACAGAAAUGGAUCAAUGAGUCGACUGCCGGUGCCGGAAUCCUGGUGGGCCAACGGUGGACGCUUGCUAAAGUUCGGUGGUGGGGUGGAUGGGCUGAAGGCAAGCACUGUACGUUUCACCGUGAUACACUUGUUCGCUACCUCCUGGAUGAACUACAUACAUACGAGACUGACUACAGUGAUGCCCUUGCCCCCAUCUCCCGUGGUGCUGAUGCCUCCCUCGCUGGUGAAUAUGCUCUCGCAAGACCAGUGUCCACGGAAGAGCUCCGCAUGGUCCAUGCAUCUGUUGCAACAGAUGUCAACUCCCUGCACAACGAGAUUGGAUCAGUGAACAACUCACUGCGCUCACUAACAAGUGUAGUGCAGGCUGCCUGCACCACAGCAACCGCUCUCCAACUUCUUGAUUCAUCUCGCUUCACUGACGUCUCUUCAGAGUGUGCUUCCCGCACACCAACUCCAUCAUAUACUCCAUCUGGGCCUGUUGUAGGAGCGCAUGCUGCUGCUCCACAGCUGCCACCUGCUAGGCCUGUCAUCAACCAAAUUCCUACCCUGCCAUCCAUCUACACUGCCACAUUGCCACAGCAACAGCUCCCUGCCACGCUGUCCAUCCGUGUCACUUCACAGAAGCUCCCUACAGCUGGCCUCGUCAUCCCUCGGGUGCCAGUAUCUCGUCCCAACGGCACUACCAGCCCGAAGAGCAGGUCCUGGAAGGAGAUUGUUGAACACUGGCUUGUUGGCGAUCCCGACAGAGGACUGGAAUGGUACCAAGGCGCCAACCGACGGUUCGCAUCAAAGUACCAUCAGAGGGCCACAAUCGCGCUGGAGUUCAUUAAUGAGUAUGAUUCAAACGAGGCCCACUUCCUUGCAUCUUAUCCGGAGGCCAAACUGGGGCACACACAGCUCCUCAAAGCCAUAAACGAGGCGCGCACUGCACGAGGAGAGCGUGUUUCUCGCAGAAAGUGA